UUUUUCCAGGCAUGGGGACAUUUGCUUCCCUCGUCUGUGAAAGAGUGAAAAUCAUUUUGGACUAAACAGUGAAACAGCCGUGUCUUUAAUUAGUCUGGGAGGGGAGAGACAGCUUUGGCUUGUCUGGAUUCUGUAGUUCUCCAACAGAGAAGUCUUGAAAAAUACUGAGCAGUUCUUACAGUUCUAAAACCAUGGCCCAUAGUUCCGUGACAUUCAGGGAUGUGGCCAUAGACUUCUCACAGGAAGAAUGGGAAUUCCUGGACACUGCUCAGAGGGACUUAUAUCGAGAUGUAAUGUGGGAGAACUAUAGCAACUUCAUCUCGCUAGCAGGACCUUCCAUUUCUAAACCAGAUGUGAUUACCUUAUUGGAUGAAGAAGGGAAGGAACCCGGGAUGCUUAUGAGGGAAGGGACAAGAAGAUACUGCCCCGGUGAUUUGGAAUCCAGAUAUAAGACCAAUACUUUAUCUCCACCAAAGGACAUUUAUGAAAUAUGUUCAUUCCAAUGGGAUACAAUGGAAAGAAUUAAAAGCUAUGGCCUUGAGGGCUCCAUUUUUAGAAAUGAUUGGGAAUGCAAAAGCAAGAUUGAGGGGCACAAGGAACCACAAGAGGGAUAUUUUGGGGAAGUGAAAAUUACCUCUGAAAAAAUGACCACUUACAAAAAGCACAAUUUUCUUACUGAGUAUCAGAUAGUUCAUAAUGGAGAAAAGUUAUAUGAAUGUAAGGAAUGUAGGAAAACCUUCAUUCGUCGUUCAACACUUAGUCAACACCUGAGAAUUCAUACCGGUGAGAAACCUUAUAAAUGUAAGGAAUGUGGGCAGGCCUUUAGACAGCGUGCACACCUUAUCCGACAUCACAAACUUCAUACUGGUGAGAAACCCUAUGAAUGUAAGGAAUGUGGGAAGGCCUUUACAGUGCUCCAAGAACUUACUCAACAUCAAAGACUUCAUACUGGUGAAAAGCCCUAUGAAUGUAAGGAAUGUGGAAAGGCCUUUAGAGUACAUCAACAACUGGCUCGACAUCAGAGAAUUCACACUGGUGAAAAACCCUAUGAAUGUAAGGAAUGUGGAAAGACCUUUAGACAGUGUACACACCUUACUCGACACCAGAGACUUCAUACAUCUGAGAAGCUCUAUGAAUGUAAGGAAUGUGGGAAAGCCUUUGUAUGUGCUCCAGACCUUAGAGUACAUCAGAAAAUUCAUUUUGGUGAGAAACCUUAUGAAUGUAAGGAAUGUGGAAAGGCUUUUAGAAUCUGCCAACAACUUACUGUCCAUCAGAGUAUUCAUACUGGUGAGAAACCGUAUGAAUGUAAGGAAUGUGGGAAGACUUUUAGAUUAAGGCAACAACUUGUUCGCCAUCAAAGAAUUCAUACUCGUGAGAAACCAUAUGAAUGUAUGGAAUGUUGGAAGACCUUUAGUAGUUACUCACAACUUAUUUCACAUCAGAGCAUUCAUAUUGGUGAGAGACCUUAUGAAUGUGAAGAAUGUGGAAAGGCUUUUAGGCUGCUCUCACAACUUACUCAGCAUCAGAGUAUUCAUACUGGUGAGAAACCUUAUGAAUGUAAGGAAUGUAGAAAACCUUUUAGAUUGCUCUCACAACUUACUCAGCAUCAGAGUAUUCAUACUGGUGAGAAACCUUAUGAAUGUAAGGAAUGUGGUAAGGCUUUUAGACUUUACUCAUUUCUUACUCAACACCAGAGAAUUCAUACUGGUGAGAAACCUUACAAAUGCAAGGAAUGUAAGAAGGCCUUUAGACAACAUUCACACCUUACUCAACAUCAGAAGAUUCAUAAUGGAAUUUAAUACAAGAAAGCCUUCAAAUGUAUAUUAUGUUACAGAACAUCUGAAAAUUCAUUUUUUGAGAAAAUUUGUUUUGUGCUCAAAACUAAGUAUAAGAAAUUUUAUAUUAGAGAAAGAAUACAUUGCUUUAAAAGCCUUCUGUCACCAUUUAAACACUAUUUUGAUCAAUUUCCUAUGAAAGAAUAAUGUAAUGAAUGUAGUAAAAUCUUUAGCCUUAUCCAUCAUUAUCUCCAUUUCACCACUUUAUUACCAGUAUGAUAUUAUUAGACAAGAUACUUAAACUUUUGUGCCUCAUUUUGCUCACUUGUAAAAUGGUAAUAAUAGUACUUAUGUAUUAGUUAUUUAUUACUGUGUAAUAAAUUACCACAAACUUAGUAGCUUAAAAUAAUACACACUUAAUAUCUUAUAAUUUCUAUGGACCAGGAGUCCAAGCAUGACUUAGUUGGGUCUUCUGCUUCAGGGUCUGUCACAAGGUCUCUUACAAAAUUUUAGCUAGGUCUGGGGUCUCAUCUGAAGGGUUGAAAGGAGAAGGAUCCACAUCCAAGCUAAUAUGGUUGUUGCUCAAAUUCAUUUCCUUGAGGCCUGUUUUAUUGAGAUUCUCAGUGUCUAGAUGGCUGUUGGCUGAAGGCUGACUACAGUUCAUUGCUGCAGUGGUCUCAUCAGCCUGGCUGUUUGCUUCAUCAAGGCAUACAAGCCAAGAAUGUGAUAGAAUCUGCUAACAAGAUGGAAGUUACAAUAGUUUGUAAUCUAAUCAUGGAAGUGACAUCCCAUCACCUUUGCUGUCUUCUCCUGGUUAGAAGCAAGUUACUAGGCCAGCCCACACUUAAGGGGAUUACACUGGAGUGUGAAGACCAGGAGACAGGAUCAUUGGGGGCCAAUUUAGAGUCAGCCUGCCACACUGUAAUAGGAUUGUUAGUAAGUAGUUAAUAAUUAGAAUAACAACAGUCCCAUAGCAUGUAUUCUGUAAAUAUUAUCUGUAAUUGCUAAUAUCAUUAGUAUUAGUGAAUUCAUAUGAAUGGAAUAUCCUAUAGAAGUAAUAAAUGUAUUAAUAUAAAUGUC